UUUUGAACUUGGCAACAUCACGUUAACUGUGUUGUUGACAAUUUCAACGCAAUUUAGGAAAAUUUGAUGUGUUGGGCUUUUGUAUUAAGAAUUCGCGCGAUUUACUUGAAAAAUGCUCCUAUAAACUUGAUAAUUUUGUGCUAAUAUUCCAGGGAAAGCUAUGUCCUUGGUAACAACCAUAAAUUCAACUCCAAUUCCUUCGGUACCAGCUACAACUAUACAGUCAAAUAUAAUAUCUGGGGUGAAUACUCAAGCCUCAGGAACAAUCACAAUACCUGUAGUAAACUCUGUGACUGCAGUUAGUUCUGUUCUCACUCCUAUAUCUAUAAGUACUCAUAAUUCAAUAAGCCCUGCUUUGAAAGUCAGCAUAAUAAACAGUGAUAAUUCUCAGGUCCACCAGAUUUUAAAUAAACAGCGGUUACAAGAUCUAGUUCGUGAAGUUGAUCCCAAUGUCCAGAAUGAUGAUGAUGUUGAAGAGUUAUUGCUGGCUCUGACAGAAGAAUUUAUUGAAGAUGUAGUUUUAACGUCUUGUUUAUUGGCAAAGCACAGAAAGUCCAAUGCUUUAGACGUAAAAGAUGUACAGCUGAGUCUUGAAAAAAAUUGGAACAUGUAUAUUCCAGGAUUUGGCUGUGAAGAAUUACGACCAUACAAAAAAUCUGCUACAACAGAAGCGCACAAACAGAGAAUGGCAUUGAUACGGAAAACGCUGAAGAAAUGAAAAUGUACACUCUAGUGGUCCUAAGAUACUAAAUUUUAAUUUUGAAUAUUGUGGAUUAUAAUGCUGUAUAUUGUUUCAAAUAAAUUAUUUGCUGUUUGUA